GCUCCUCAGACGCUGAGGUGCUGGCAGCUAUGGCGGACGCUGGUGCGAGCGCGGCGAUGGCCGAGGAAGAAACCAAGCCCGACGCGAAGACCCUGCAGAUCCUGCGGGAUAUGGCUAAUCGCCUGCGCGUAGACUCCAUCAGGGCUACCUUUGCUUCGAGUUCAGGCCACCUAAUGUCCUCCAGUAGUGCUGCUGAGAUCAUGUCGGUGCUGUUCUUCCACACCAUGAGAUACAAACAGGAAGACCCGGAGAACCCAGACAAUGACCGUUUCAUCCUCCCCAAGAGGCUGUCAUUUGUUGAUGUGGCAACCGGAUGGCUUGGGCAAGGACUGGGGGCUGCUUGUGGGAUGGCAUACACUGGCAAGUACUUUGACAAAGCCAGCUACCGUGUAUACUGCCUCUUGGGAGAUAGCGAGUCCUCGGAAGGCUCCGUCUGGGAAGCAUUGGCUUUUGCUUCCCACUACAGUCUGGAUAAUCUUGUGGCCGUCUUCGACGUGAACCGCCUGGGCCACAGUGGUGCCUUGCCCCCUGAGCACUGCCUAGAUGUCUAUCAGAAGCGCUGCGAAGCCUUUGGGUGGAAUACUUACGUGGUGGAUGGCCGCGACGUGGAGACUCUGUGCCAGGUGUUCUGGCAGGCAAAUCGAGUGAAGAACAAGCCCACCGCUGUAGUUGCCAAAACCUUCAAAAGUCGGGGCAUUCCAAGUGUUGAAGAUGCAGAAAAUUGGCAUGGAAAGCAAAUGCCAAAAGAAAGAGCUGAUGCAAUUAUCAAACUAAUUGAAAGCCAGAUCGAGACCGACCAGAAUCUUGACCCAAAACCCCCUAUUGAAGACUCGCCUCAAAUCAACAUCCUGAAUAUAGAAAUGAUCUCUCCACCUGCUUACACAGUCGGUGAAAAGGUAGCUACUCGGAAAGCAUGUGGUUUGGCUCUGGCUAAACUGGGCCACGCAAACGAUCGAGUCAUUGUGCUGGAUGGUGACACCAAGAACUCCACCUUCUCAGACAUAUUCAAGAAGGAACAUCCAGAGCGGUUCAUUGAAUGUUUUAUUGCCGAGCAAAACAUGGUGAGCGUGGCACUGGGAUGUACCACCCGUGAUCGUACUGUUGCUUUUGUUAGCACCUUCGCUGCCUUUUUGACUCGAGCAUUUGAUCAAAUCCGGAUAGGAGCCAUCUCUCAAACCAACAUCAACCUUAUUGGGUCCCACUGUGGAGUAUCUGUUGGAGAAGAUGGCCCCUCCCAGAUGGCCCUGGAGGAUCUGGCCAUGUUCCGAGCCAUUCCCAGCUGCACUAUUUUCUAUCCAAGUGAUGCCAUCUCAACAGAGCAUGCUGUUUUCCUGGCAGCCAAUACCAAGGGGAUGUGCUAUAUUCGGACCAGCCGACCUGAAACUGCAGUUAUUUACAACCAACAAGAAAGCUUUGAGAUCGGACAGGCCAAGGUCGUCCGCCACAGUGUCCAUGACAAAGUCACAGUUAUUGGAGCUGGAGUUACCCUGCAUGAAGCCUUAGCAGCUGCCGAAGAUCUUUCCAAGCAAGAUAUUUCCAUCCGUGUCAUUGACCUAUUUACCGUUAAACCUCUGGACACUGCCACCAUCAUCUCCAGUGCAAAAGCCACGGGCGGCCGUAUUCUCACAGUGGAAGAUCACUACCCAGAAGGUGGCAUUGGGGAGACCGUCGCUGCAGCUGUCUCCAUGGAUCCUGACAUCUCGGUCCAUCAGCUGGCAGUGCGGGGAAUACCUCGGGGUGGGAAGCCCAGUGAGCUGCUCGAUGUGUUUGGAGUCGACGCGACACACAUCGUAGGGGCCGUGAAACGUAUGUUACUAAACUAGCUGCCGACUUCGGAACUAGAAGACUAGCUUCUCAUCUCACAUUCACACUUUCUUACAAACUGUCACUUAAAUCUAUACUGUUGUACUUGUUUUUAAAAGCAAAGCUAGUUAACUAUCUUCUUAAGCUAUAAUACGAGUGUAACUCUCACCUUUCAUAAGUCAUUAUAGUGUGUUAUUGUUAUAAGGUUAGAAAUAACAGAAGAGCUGAUGAAACCACCACCUAAUGCUAAGUUUUCUGACAAGACCACAUGUAACCGGAUUGAGGAUCAGCUAGGGUAAAUUUUGUACACGCGUGUGGAAGUAAAGACAGGCAGGCAGAUUGAACCAUGCCUUGCAAUCGCUCAGUGUUGUGACACUAUAGCACCCUGCCCCAUGCCACUGUCCCAGUUCGAGAGUUUGCAUGCUGCCAUCCUACCUGCAGCUUCCUGGGUCCAGUGUGACUGCAGCUGCCCUGGAAUUUUCUCGGGUGUUUGCCUCCAUCUCCCCCCUACGGCCGGGCGCAGGGGCCAUGGAGCAGCAGCGAGAGCUCUAGGGUGUCCCGUGCUACUCGCAGGGAUGAUUUCUGUGAAAAGAAGACACAACUAGUUCUGGUCUCCACACUGCAGUCCUUUGUCCGGUCUCAGAAACGUCUCAUCUGUCCAAUGCCCAGGCCAAGCCUGAUGGCUCAGCUGUAUUCUUCUGCAAAUACUGGUUAAUGUUAAUAAAGCAUUUUAAAAAGCA